CGAAUAGCAAUGAAAGGGAAGCUACUCUAAAUAACAUUUUCUUAAGAUGGCUGCUGUUUUUAAUAGCAAAUUUACUAUCUCGAACAGGGUUGAUAAAAAUUAAUUUCAGGAUAUUUAAAUUGAUUUAACCAUAAAUGAUGAUAACAGUUUUUGUGGACCCAUCGAUCGCACCUUUAGAAAAACAGCAAGUACUGUUAAUGAAGGCAUGUGCAGAUAUAGGCGUCAAGUGUGAAUUUGUACCUCAGAGGAUAGAGAGAACUGUGUCAUUUCUUGCUCCUCUAACUGAGUCGAUUUCAAAUAAUGAUGUCAUUACAAAAGAAAUGCUGGGUGUACUUAAUGCGGAAGAUGCAAUACCAAUGAUACAAGCAUACACUGAGAGUAAACAAGGAAAUGAAGUUCUGAUUAUGACAUUAACAGAAUGGGUUAGUUCCAUUUUGGAUGCUAUGCCUGGUCAGAAUUUAACAGUUCUCAUUGUUGGUUUAAAGAAAUAUUUUAGCAACCAGAAACUAUCAGCCAAACGUAAACAUAGAGAAGCUGUGACUGGACAAACUUCUAAAGCGCGAAAGAAAAAACAAGAUAGUGCUGUUAUCACAUCCCAAGAAGCUGAGGAGGCUUUUGUUGAAGUCCAGUUGAUAACUGGCUGUGUAGUUCAGCAUGUGGACUCAGAUGAGGACCUGGCUAAUUAUAUCAAAUACUACACCAAAGCUGUAAGAGAUAAACCUGCCAAAAAAGAUAGAUUCGACAGUGUAUUCUCUUUCUUAGAAGAAGGAGCUAGUGGCCUGUAUGUCAAUAAACAAGGUCAAGGCCUUAGUAAAGUAUGGAAGCACCAGCUGAUGCAGUUCAAAAACUUAGGGGCAGAUACAGCUGAUGCUUUACUCAGCCAUUAUCCCUCCCCUUGUUUGUUACACAAGGUAUGCAAAGAAAAUAAAGAAGCUGAAAGUGUUAUAAGCGAAAUAAAUGUAAGACGAAAUGCUAGUGUGAUCUCAACCAACAGGAAAAUAGGAAAAGAACAGGCCAGAAGAAUUCACACAUUUAUGACAUCAAAAGAUCCAGACCAAGUUAUCAAAUGAUCCUGACUAAAUUAUUGAAUGUUUUUUUUUAAUAUUUGUUGGUCUCUCUCUUUCAAGUAUUUUUGUGAAAUUUUAAGUUUGUGUCAAUGAAGCAAUGUUUUAUCUGUAUAUUAUACAACUGUUAUUAAUUUUAGUUUAUGAAAUAAAAUCUCAAGCCUAUUUUGAAUUUUUUUUAAAUUGUGCAUUACAAUUCCUUAGCAUUAUGCAGAUUGCACCUCUAGGAUACUUGUUUUAUAUGAUGUAGAAAUAAGCAUGCUAGUUAUUUUUAUGCUUUUAAAAUGUAAAGUCCUGCACUUGACAAAUACAUGCAUUAAAUACUGUACUACUUACAUAGAUUACACAUACAAUUUUAUAAAAAAAGUUUCUUAAUGACGGAUGCCUUUUGAAAGCUUUGUGUGUAAAAGUACGAAAAGAAAUUUUAAAAUAAAGAACAACAAACAAUGGUUAAUUGGACAUAAACUCUUUGUCAGAUUAAAAAGACAAUGUAUUAAAAAAUUGUAUGUAAUCAUAAUCUCUUAAGCAGUCCAUAUUUUGUCAAACAUAAAUAUUUUAUAAUUGAUGAAAUAAAAUUAUUUCAGAAAAAUGAGAUUAAAAAUUAUCACAAAGUUUACAAUGUAAA